AUGACUGAACUCAAUUUUGGAGAUACCAACAUUUGGCUCAUCGGCACCGACAUCGACCACAAAGUCAAAUACAAUUCUGCCACCACAGAACCAGCCUGGAACAACGGGACAAUCGGUAUACAGCCUGGUUUAUUUAUAUGGCGCAUUGAAGAUUUUCACGUCGUUCCGUGGCCGAAAGAAUUGUACGGCCAGUUUUAUGACGGGGAUAGCUACAUUGUCUUGUACUCAUACACUAUUCCUCGGAGUGAGAAUGGAGAACAGGCGGAAAGGUUGGCGCAUGAUAUUUUCUUCUGGCUCGGGGCAAAAACCACGCAGGAUGAAGCAGGGACAGCGGCGUACAAGACGGUAGAGUUAGAUGAGUUUUUACAUGGAGUGGCUACGCAACAUCGAGAGAUCCAGCUUCAUCCUUCGGACGAAUUCUUGACGGCACAUGGGCACUCGGUGGUUGUUCAUGAAGUGGAUCCGACAUGGCAGAGUCUGGAUGACGGGGAUGUCUUUAUUCUAGAAAAGGAUGAUAAAAUCUGGGUGUGGCAGGGGAAGGACGCGAGCCCCAUGGAGAAAGCCAAGGCCGCGCAGGUUGUGAAUGAAUUGACGCUUGCUAAACAUAUUGACGUUGAAGUGUUGGCACAGACGGAGGCUAGGUCGAAGAUUGUUGUCGAUUUAUUGGGCGGAGGAAAUACUGAUCAGUCAUAUUUUCGCACUGGCCGUCCGAUUCAUAAUUCUAGGCCAUCACCAGCAUCAUCACUACUACCGGCACGACCACCGAGAUUAUUUCGAAUCGUCCCUACUGAGUCCGGCCAAUUCCAGUUCGAGCUGGAUAAAGAAGGCGGCACAAUCCGACUGUCAGACUUGGAUAGCAACGAUAUUUUCAUCUUUGACACUGGCAGGAAGAUAUGGGUCUGGGAAGGACAGUACGUAAAUACUCACGUAAAGGAUGCGUGGAAGUUGUGCACUGGGGCAUAUUUGCGGUAUCUGCAGCAGGAAUCGCAGGCUCCGGAAGUGAUCGCUGCGACCCCUGUUGCAAAAGUCAAGGAAGGAAACGAGAAUGCGGCAUUUUUCCAAUCAAUUUCUGCACAUUAA